GACGUCACAUGUAAAUAAACAAGCUCGGGCACGCGGCGACAGUGCAGCUCUAUAUCUAACACCUUGGCAAUAUAUAUUAGAUGGUGACCUCUCUUGGUGUGUGUGUGUAGUAAUAUCAGAAGAUGACAUCCUUCACUAACUCUGGGUGUGAGGCUAUGGGCCGGUCUCUUGAAGACGGGGUCACACCACCACCCACACUGGAUAUGGAGGAGAUGUAUGAAACCACUCGGUGUGUUCAGUGGAUCCAGGCGGGGGGCUACAGGAAGGUUGGACUCCAGUUUCCAGAUGAGCUGUUAGGGGAGGCUGCAGGUGUAUGUCAAACUAUAACACUACAGCUUGGAUUCAAUGUUUUCAUCCUCGGAGACACCACAUAUGGCAGCUGUUGUGUUGAUGAGGUGGCAGCUGAACACAUCGGUGCUGAUGCUGUCAUCCACUUUGGUCGCACUUGUCUCAGCCCCUCCAGAAGAUUGCCAGUUCUCUACAUCUUCACAAGAAUAAAGGUGAACAUCCCUGCUGUGGUCUCCAGUCUGGAUGCCGCUAUUGAGGACCGGACGAAGGGUUUGAUAUUGGUGUAUGACACAAGGUGCCAUUAUGCUGCUGAUGAAAUGGUAGAAAACAUAAAGAAGAACUUCCCUUACCUCUUAGUUACAACCCUCCUGCUUGAUGAUGGUUGUAACAGUAAUGUGGGCAGUUCACAACAAAUUGUAACCAACAGAGAAACUUCCUGUGAAAAUAAGAACAACUGUCACAACAGUGCAAGUCCACCACAUAGUGAAUGUAAGAAUGAUUGUCAGAAUAAUGACAGCACAAAAGAGAGCGCUCAAGAUUUUACUGGCAGACUUACUUUCAAUGGUCGUACUGUAUGUUUACCUAGUUUAUCUAAUAUUAGAGAUUUCAACUUUAUUUAUCUCGGUACUCGUGGGCCACCGCUGAACAGUUUGUUGAUGAGAUUUUCAGAGAAAACAUUUUAUUGUGUUGACCCAAAAGACGGAUCAUUGGAGGUCACAUCAGGUGUUCGUACUGUGAUGAGUCGCGGUGCUAAGUUAGAAAAGGCUAAAGAUGCUGAAAUUAUUGGAAUAUUAGUAGGCACUCUGGGAGUUGCUAAUUAUCAAAAUGUUAUAUCAAGAAUGAAAACAAUUAUUAAAGCUGCCGGGAAACGAAGUUAUACGUUUGUUGUUGGUAAACCAAAUGAAGCCAAAUUAGCCAAUAUAUCAGAAGUGGAAGUGUUUGUUUAUGUGGCGUGCCCCGAGACAACCAUCAUUGAGCGCAACACAGACCCAGUGCUCUACAGUAAGCUGAUAACACCAUGGGAACUUGAGGUGGCACUAUUGUCAGGGCAGGAGUGGAAUCUUGCCUUUGAAACAGACUUCAGGCAGUUGCUUCCUGGUGGAAGUCGAUACAUUGAGGCUACAAGUGAACCAAGGGAAGAAGAAGCUAGUGUGUCACUGCUGACCAAUAAGACACAGACUCUUGGUGUCCGAGGUGACGUAGAAGUAGCUUUAGACAGCAGUACAGGUGCAGUGGUACUUCAAGAUGGACGUACAAUUGCUGCCAUACAUGUAGGUGGUGGUGGAGAGGCUCUGAAGGGCCGUACAUGGCAGGGCCUCGACCCUUCACUACCCUCUGUUGUUCCUGUUAAUUCUGUAAUUGAGGGGCGAAGUGGUAUUGCAUCUGGUUAUGAGGAUGAAAAGUUCACCGAGUUGUAACAUGCAAGUAUUAAUGAAUUUGUUGGUUUUAAAAUUUGCAUUUUAUUCUUGUUCUUUUAAGAGCAAAAUAUAAAGAGGCUCAGUUAAAAUCAAUACCAGCAUACUUAAGGGAUGCUGCUUAUUAUGAAAUAAAAGUUGCCUUCAAGUGGA